CAAAUUCGCUGUCGAAUUCGCCGUUCAUUUCGCUUCGUGAAAAUCCCCUUUUACGAAAGUUGGCGCGAAAGCGAAAAAAAAGAAAUGGAACAACAACAAGAAAGCGAAAGUGAAAUCAUGCCAAAGCUAAAAGAUGUCAGAAAUACUAUUUUACUUGCUCACGCAUCAAAUAUGAUUAAUGCUGAAGAAUUCUGUCUCUUAUAUGAUUUAAACAAAUCUAAAAAUCCAGAAUUUCCAUAUACCUGCUAUGGAAGAUUUAACCUGGACACAUUGGAAGAAGAUGAAUGUAAGGCAGAAUUUCGAUUUCAAAGGGGAGAUGUUUACAAACUAGUGGACGUAUUUCAGUUUCCUGAAGACUUUACUUGUUAUAAUGGCACUGUAUAUAAUUCUGUUGAAGCACUGUGUAUUUUUCUAAAACGCUUGGCUUAUCCUUGUCGAUAUUCAGACAUGAUUCACUUAUUUGGCAGACCUGUUCCACAGCCCAGUAUAAUAAAUAAUCAUGUAUUGGGAUUUAUGUAUGAUCAAUGGGAACACUUAUUACAAAAUUUACAGCAGAAUUGGUUGUCUCCUAUAGAGCUAGAGAAAUUUUGUGAUGCAAUCCAUAGAAAUGGAGCACCUCUCAAUAAUUGCUGGAGAUUUGUGGAUGGAACAGUUCGACCUAUUUCCAGACCAAGUCAACAUCAACGUAUUGUGUAUAAUGGACAUAAAAGAGUCCACUCCUUAAAGUUCCAGUCUGUGGUAACACCAAGUGGCAUGAUUGCAAAUCUUUUUGGCCCAGUCGAGGGAAGGCGCCAUAACAGUGGGAAGCUUACAGACUCUGGGCUUUUAACACAAUUGAAUCUAUUUUCCUUUGACCGUUUUAGAAAUCCAUUGUGCAUUUAUGGGGACCCAAUGUGGUUUCAGAGGGGCUCACAUAAAUGCACAACAACAAAUAUGGAAUAGCAGAAUGAGCCAAGUUCGAGUUGCUAUUGAGUGGAUUUUUGGAGAGCUGGUCACAUAUUACAAAUUUAUUGACUUCAAAAAAGACCUGAAGAUAGGACUCAGUCCAGUUGGAAAAAUGUAUUUAAUAUGUGGGCUUUCACAUAAUGCACGGGGUUGUUUGUAUGACACAGAAACAUCAAAUUACUUUGACUGCAGUCCUCCCUUAAUAGAAGAUUAUUUUGUAUGAAAGAAAAAACAAACAUUACAUUAACAUCAUAUCUAUGGCUGUAUUAUACAGUCUUGUACAUGUUAUAAGCUGACAAACAAAAUUUUUUGUAAUGUAAACAUUUGAACUGUCUUGAAAACUUAUGAAAGUCUA